AUGGCCACUGUUCUAGACCUGAAGCCCAACCGGGAUCUACUCGACCCGAAUUUCGAAACCUAUCGCUUGGAUACCCAGUCCCUCGAUGUUGUUGAGGGCAAGCUCCCGGCACGAGUGAGUCGCAGAGACCUGGCCCCCGGCAAGUUCGGCUUAUGUCAUGUGCAGCUGCAACUCAACCACAAUGCCUUGAUAACGGACGACUUUAAUCUGGGAGUAGUUUUCUACUUCAGCGAAGGAGAGACUGAUUUGCGGGAUUCGGAGAUACUGAACGCUGCCGAAACGAACUCAUCGCAUGGCGAACCCCAAAUCGUCCUCCUCAUCUGCUCGGUCAAGGACGACGAAAAUCUCAGGGGACGCGGACCUUCCUGUCUCGAUUGGCUCAUGCUCGAUGCGAAAUCGGACAAGGUCAAAGAGAAGAUAUCGUUGACCGUCACUUGGAGACACCAAAUCCUCGGCAAAGCUGUUCCGAGGUUCACGAAGUUCCUCUCCGAUGGCUCACAGCACGCGACACGCGUACUUAUUUGCGCUGAUUGCCAUUACGAAGCUUUGGGGGAUUCUGACGCCGAGCCCGCGUCGCAGGACCAGGCGCAGGAGAAUUCGGAUCCAGCUUUAUUUUCGUACAUCCAAGACGAGACGGAAGCGACGGUCAUAUUCUCGCUGGAGGCUGGCGUAUCGAAAAACGACAUAAAAGUGAUCAUUACGUCGCAGAAAAUUCAGGUCAUAAUCAAAGCGAAGACCGUGAUCGAUGGCACGUUGCAUGAUAGCGUGGACCCUGGUUCCUCCGUCUGGUGUAUCGUCGAUUCUAAACUCGAAAUCACGUUGUGCAAGAGGAUUCAAGGACGCUGGUCGCGACUUUUCACCAACGACCUCCGAGGCGAAGAAAUUUUCGAUCCGGCAUACGCUGCAUCGGUUCAUGAACGUCUCAAACACCUCACAUCGAGCGAGCAGGAUACAGCGUGCGGAUCGAGCCUGACCGAAUCCGAUCGCGGAGAAAUCUGUGACGAACCACCCGAUGAGUUUCACGUGGAAGUUUUCUCUGGAAGAGGCGAAGGAGUCAAGAGAGUGAAUUUCUCGGACUUGACAGGACGGGAGUAUAUCAUGCAGAUGCACGCGAUGGGGGGUCCUCUAUUGGUAUUGCGGCACGACGUGGAUGGCUUCGCCUGGAGAUUCUCGAUCGAUAAAGAGAAUUCUGUUGAGGUUGAGCAUGUCUACGUCAUCAGUGCUUUCGGUUAUGUUGUUGCGUCGAAACGCGAUAGGGUCUUGUCGGCCUCUUGCCUCGAAGCUGGUCACUCCGCCCUGGUCGAUGCGAAGAACAACGUUUUCAUCUAUGAGCAUCAAACGAAGGAAUCGCCAAAGAAGAAAAUUCUCCGGGAGUACGUGGUGCCCUUACGAUCGGGCGCGACUCAUGUGAUCGGGGGUCGAAUGUUCGAGGACAGCCUCGUUCUGCUGACCGCUGAGUCUCUCUUCAUGAUCGCAUUGCCGACUAAAGUCCCUGCGACUGCGUGA